AAUUCAACUAAAAAAAUUCAUUUAAACAAUUUAGGCGAUCGCAACUUUUGGAAAGAAUUUGAAUUCUGGAAGUGGAAGUAACUUCAUGGCAGUUUAAAAGAUGGCGGACCUAUCGAUUAAAAUUGCACAAAACCGAAGAGAAGCGUAAGUUGGGAGGGGGCCUUCGAGUCGACCGACCAAAACAAUAACAUCACAAUGACGUCCGAGGAUCUCCUCCAGCCGGGGCACGUCGUCAAGGAACGAUGGAAGGUUAUAAAGAAGAUCGGCGGAGGUGGCUUCGGUGAGAUCUACGAGGGGUUAGAUCUCUUGACGCGCGAGCAGGUGGCGCUUAAAGUGGAGUCGGCUCGACAACCGAAGCAGGUGUUAAAGAUGGAGGUUGCCGUACUGAAGAAGCUGCAAGGCAAAGACCACGUGUGUCGGUUUAUCGGCUGCGGUCGCAACGAUAGGUUCAAUUAUGUAGUAAUGCAAUUGCAGGGCAGAAAUUUGGCCGAGCUCAGGCGAGCGCAGCCCAGAUCCGCCUUUAGUCUUUCGACCACCUUACGUUUAGGAUUACAAAUACUUAAAGCGAUAGAAAGUAUUCAUUCGGUCGGUUUCCUGCAUCGUGAUAUUAAACCUAGUAAUUUUUCAAUGGGACGUCUGGCGUAUAACUGUAGGAAAGUGUACAUGUUAGAUUUCGGACUGGCGCGGCAGUACACGACGUCGACGGGCGAGGUGCGUGCGCCGCGCGCCGCCGCCGGAUUUCGCGGUACCGUCCGGUACGCCAGCAUCAACGCGCAUAGGAAUAAAGAAAUGGGUCGGCACGACGAUUUGUGGAGUCUGUUUUAUAUGCUAGUCGAAUUCGUGAAUGGACAGUUGCCGUGGAGAAAGGUGAAGGAUAAGGAGCAAGUCGGCUUGAUGAAGGAGAAGUACGAUCACAGGCUACUUCUGAAGCAUUUGCCGUCCGAUCUUAAACAAUUUUUAGACCAUAUACAAAUGCUGGAGUAUGCGGAUAAGCCCGACUAUCAGAUGUUAAUUAAUUUAUUUGAGCGAUGUAUGAAGAGAAGAGGCGUUAAAGACUCAGAUCCUUACGAUUGGGAGAAGGUUCCCGCCGGCGACAACGCCGCGAUUAAUCCGACUCCUCCGCUUCAACAGCCUACGGCACCGGCCAACCUGCCCAGGCAUACGAAGCACACAACCGACAACAACCAGGAGAACAUCGAACCGACUGAUAACAAGGAGGCACAUUUAGAGGCGAGGCGGCGAAGAAUAGAAACCGAAAAUACCGCACCUUUAGUUACAGAUACACAGACUAACGCGCCUAAGCCUACAGUCGAUAAGAACUGUAAUGCGACACCUGUCGAAGCGGUUCCAUCGAGUCAGCGACGUCGUGCCACCUCUCAUCUAGAGCAGACGCCGGAAAAGUUGGACAACGAGGGGGCGGCGUCGGCGCGUUCGGUCGCCGACGCGAACCAGAAGCCGGUACCUUUGCGGAAGAGUCAGUCGGGCGUCGCGACGCUCGGACGUCUGCGCGUCGUCACGCCGCCGCAGAGCGGCAGCGUGGUCGACUCGCCGGCGACGCCCGAGCAGGAGAGGCCGAGGCGGCGACAGCCGUCCGCGGCGCGCAGCUCGCGAUCGGGCGUCCGCGACCAAAGCUUGACGCAGUUCGCCGUCAUGGACGACGAGAACGUUAGCCAACAGGUGACGAAGGGAGGAGCGUUGACGUUAGCGAGCCAGUGGAAGUCUCAGUUUGACGACAGCGAGGAGACGACGGACAACGAGUGGAAGCCGGAAAGUCCCGAGCACAAGGGGGUCGUCGGUGUCGUGUCGGAGGCCAAUCCUCCGGUACCGCCGGUUUUGAGUAGGAUCAGCGAGGACUCUCGGACCCGCAACAGUCAGAGGAAGCACGUCAACAUUGCCGGAAUCGAGGACUUCCCGGAGCUAAUGGGGGGUCUCCCGCGCGCAUGGUCCACGCCAACUCUGGGCCCGUCGAUACGUUCAGGUUUAAAACCUCCGCUCCUACAGCAGGCCGCCUUCGAUGACUUAGUUUUCAAGGUCGAUAUGAUGCGAAAUGUCGGCUCGCGGCACCAGCAGGAAUCCGUGGGUGAUAAUCAACUUCACAAAUGGAGCAGCCUGCCGAGUAGCAUUUUGGAGGGCUUCGGCGUUAGUACCAAAAAGGAGGAAGACGACGAGGACGAAGGAAACGAAGACGAAGGUCUGCAGGAGGUUGCGGGUACGCUACAGAUUCGAGUUGUGCCAAAAGAAAUGGUUAUAAAACCUCAACUUCCGGACGAAGCGGGCGAUCGGAUGCAAAACGGCGUAUCGUCGGCCGAGAACCAUAGCAAUACGCAAAUAAUCAUAAAGACGGAGUCUCCCCCGAAGCCAAAGGUUAAGUUGGAGCGGACGAAGAGUAUACUAAAGCAGAGCAGCAAAGAGCGCGGAGACGCGCCCGAGUUGCACAGUCCGAAGAAGGAGCAGAUUUCGUUCGCGCCCGACGAGAAGUACGACGUUAAACAUAAGACUGAAAAACGGGUUAGUAUUGAAAACGGUACAAAAUUAGAGGACGACGUCUUCGAGAGGGAGAGUACGAGGAAGAAGUUGCGCAGUCCCAGUCCCGAAAAGAAUCGCGAGUCUGAGGAAGACGACGAGGAGCAGAGUUGCGAGCAUCGACUCCUGAAGGAAACGGAUUCGCCGCUACGAGUCAUUGAGAACAAAGUGAUCAAGAAGAUCAAGCAAAAUUGUGUCGAGUCCAAGUCGGAAAGUAGCUCCAGCAAGGUCGCGUCCACCUCCGAAACUACAAAAAGUAACUUUGACUCGCGAACUGCCACAGUUAAUCAAAAAAAGAUAGUCGAAAAAGUGAAAGAGAGUAAGGGGGAGACGGUUGUGAAUAAUCGUAGGCAGUGCUCGCCAUCGGUCGAUGGCGUAACCGCUUCGGCGCUUAGCGUAGUGGAACGAAAGUCGCUCGCCAACGGCAUAAGUCCCGGCAUGGAGGAGCAGUCCGAGUACUUCGACGCGACCGAAAACAUCAAGGAUAAGCGGCCGGAGCAGGAGGACGAUUACAGCGGCGUCGAUAAUGCUAGUCAAGUUUUGCGGGAGACCUCGGUAAAUAGUCGAUCGAUCCGUUGCGCGCCGUCUAACCUGCCCGUUUUAGCAGUAAGUGGCCAAAGGUUAGCGAAGUGCAUGUCGUGGUCGUCGGGCGAUUUCACUCCGGGCUUGCGUCGCCGCCGUCUGACCGAUAAGUACGUCAACGAUCCGAGCGAGCUGAAUUUGAGGUUCAAGCGGCACUCGACGGCCGGAGGUGCUAAGGCGAGAGGUGUACCGACGUGUUUGAUAGGGGCGGCCGAAAGUUCGCCCGACACGUCGGAGGGACCGCCGCCGCCGCCUCCACCUUCGGGCGAGCCGCUGCCCGAGAGCGAAGUGCGCUGCAGAAGGUACCGACCUGUCACGUAGUGGUUUUGCGGUUUUUUUAGUGUUUUUGACAUUUCUCUUGAUCUAUAACAUUGAAUGGUGCUUUGUAUUUUCAUCGAAGGGGAGGAAGACACGCAAAAAUUGUCCGUUUGUAUGUAAAAUAUGAGCACCUCAAAUUGUGAUUAAGUAAAAGUAUAUUUUUGCCGCUCUCUAUUAUAUUUUUCGUACGCAAUUUAUUUAGGGCGCAAAGUUUAGGGGUUAAGAGCAAAUCUAAAGUAAUUGUUGGGAGUCUCGACGUAAUUUAUUGUUGAUAUUGUGAUUCGAUUCUUGUGAAUAUUUUUUUACAUAGUUCUGUUGUAGUUGUUUUUUUUUGUUAUUUAUUUUUUAAUUUGUUCGUAGGAGAAAGGCGCGUUGUACAUGAGACGUAGUUGUCGAUUAUUAGAGAGUUAGCUCAGAUUAAAAAAUUGCUUAAAACAUUAGAUUAUCUAGAAUGAAGUAGAUUUUCGAUUUUGUUUCGUUUUUAGGGGAAAAAAAAUGUUUCACACCGAACGCUUUCGGUUCCGCUCUCAGUUCAUCCAAAUUAAAGCCAUGGCUUGUUACUCGUAUAAAGAAACAUAUAUCUCAUUUCUCUCUGGGGUAACCGUUUAGUCUAAUUAGAAUUUGUUGGAUCUUUCAAAUUGCACCUGAAAUAUUCGAGUCGUUUGUUUCUAAGUCGAAAAUGUAUAUUAUAUAUAAUGCUUUUAUAUAGAUAUUCUUUAUGAUAUUAAGAAAGUUUAUUGUUAUUUUCGAUUGUCGUGUACAUCUCAUAGAUCUUUUUAUUUUGUUUUACACAUUUUAUUGUUUUUAUGAAGAUAUUGCUAUAUGAUUUGUAAAUUGUAGUUAUUAAAUUAUU